AUGCCGGACUUGAGACAGAGAAAAGAGGACGGAACAGCGGUAACUGAGGAGUUCAAGAAGCGUGUACCUGGCGGAAAGCGUAUCAAGCGAGAGUCAUACGUGCUUGGACCAGACGUCAGCUCUAUUAUGCUGUCAAAGCAAGGGAGGUAUACGAGAAGGGAGGACAAUGAGUAUACUAGGUUGCACCGUGUGACCAUGGAGCAGAUCCUGCAGCCACAGGGGGAACUUCGUCAGAUGGUAUCGAGAGCACCGGAGAGUCUGGCCGCAAGUCACACACUGUCUCCAAGGGCACGACGAAUAUGACCGACGUCAGCUCUGUGGCUGGCGAAACCGAACCUCGACGGGAUCAUAACAGCAAUUCCAGCCCGCCUGCAGAUUUCUCACCGCAUGCCGGACACAACAACUACACUGAGACUGGAGAAGGAGCAAAGGGAUUCGCAUCAGGCUCAAACAACUCCCCACUUGAGAGCGCCGGUCGUGAUGACGCCGAGGGCGAUGGCGGCGAUGGUUAG